UGAUACGUGUCGACAAAAGCAGCCACGACUCGCUACAGUUUAGUAGUCAGUCGCGUUUAUGCUAUUGAGUUUAUUCGAGUUGUUGCUUUGGUCCAAUAUCGUGACGGUAUUCUCAAGUCCAGAGUUAGUGAAAAACGUCACAUUAUCGUAAUUUCAUAAAAUAAUCAUAUCUCGGAUUAAAAAUGGGUUUCAAAUUUCUAGAGGUAAUAAAACCAUUUUGCAGUAUACUACCGGAAAUAGAAAAGCCGGAACGAAAAAUUCAGUUUCGAGAAAAAGUAUUAUGGACUGCAAUUACAUUAUUUAUCUUCUUAGUAUGCUGCCAGAUUCCUCUAUUUGGCAUUAUGUCUUCUGAUAGCGCUGAUCCUUUUUAUUGGAUUCGAGUUAUACUUGCAUCAAACAGAGGUACCCUUAUGGAAUUAGGAAUCUCUCCCAUUGUUACAUCUGGUCUCAUUAUGCAGUUGUUAAGCGGUACAAAGAUUAUUGAAGUUGGUGAUACUCCAAAAGAUAGAGCACUUUUUAACGGGGCACAGAAAUUGUUCGGUAUGGUAAUCACUGUUGGUCAAGCAAUUGUAUAUGUAAUGACUGGAAUGUAUGGUGACCCAACAGAAAUUGGAGCUGGAGUUUGUUUACUAAUCAUUAUUCAGUUAUUUGUUGCUGGGUUGAUUGUUUUACUAUUAGAUGAAUUGCUUCAGAAAGGAUAUGGAUUAGGAAGCGGUAUCUCACUUUUCAUUGCUACAAAUAUUUGUGAGACAAUAGUAUGGAAAGCAUUUUCUCCAGCCACUGUGAACACUGGGCGUGGUACAGAAUUUGAAGGUGCAGUAAUUGCCUUGUUCCAUUUAUUGGCUACAAGACAGGAUAAAGUUCGUGCUCUCCGUGAAGCAUUCUAUAGACAGAAUCUUCCUAAUCUUAUGAACUUACUUGCUACGAUCUUAGUAUUUGCCAUUGUAAUUUACUUCCAGGGCUUCCGUGUUGAUUUACCGAUCAAAUCUGCCAAAUACAGGGGACAAUAUACCAGUUAUCCUAUUAAACUAUUCUACACCAGCAAUAUCCCAAUAAUUCUUCAAUCUGCAUUGGUGUCAAAUUUAUACGUCAUAUCGCAAAUGUUGGCUGUUAAAUUUCAAGGGAACAUUAUAGUUAACCUGUUAGGAGUAUGGUCUGAUAUCGGUGGUGGUGGUCCUGCGCGAUCUUAUCCUGUUGGAGGAUUAUGUUAUUAUUUAUCGCCACCGGAAUCUGUUGGACAUAUCCUUCAAGAUCCUAUUCAUGCUAUUCUUUACAUUCUUUUUAUGCUUGGAUCUUGUGCGUUCUUCUCGAAAAUGUGGAUUGAAGUUUCUGGUAGUUCAGCAAAAGCGGUUGCGAAGCAAUUGAAAGAUCAACAAAUGGUAAUGAGAGGACACAGGGAUAAUUCAAUGAUUCAUGAAUUGAACAGAUACAUUCCGACUGCGGCAGCAUUUGGUGGAUUGUGUAUCGGUGCUUUGUCGGUACUAGCUGAUUUUCUUGGUGCAAUCGGAUCGGGUACUGGUAUUUUACUUGCUGUUACAAUCAUAUACCAGUACUUCGAGAUCUUUGUUAAGGAACAAAGUGAAAUGGGUGGCAUGAGCACGUUACUUUUCUAAACUCUAUGUAAAUUAAGUCUAUACAAAAUUGACUUUGAAGGUGAUUUUUUUUUUUAAUUCUGAAGAACUGAAUAAUAAUUUAUUGUAAAAUAAGUCUAUUCUGCGCUACCAAUACUAAUGAUUACUCGGCAGAGUAAUUGAAGAUCAUCAACAUGAAUCAAAGUGUACGGUUCUAUACUUUAUUUUCCAUUAAAAAGAUUACAUAGAUAAAGCACACAUAUAUAUGUAUAUAUAGAUGUAUAUAUCAUAUAUGUGUGUGUGUGUGUGUACGUAUUAUACAACAGUCUUCUUAAAAAUUGUAUUCAGAUAUACUUAUCAUACACUCGAGGAAUAUUUAAUUAAUUAUUGUUUCGUAACUAUUACGUAUCAAUUCAACAACUACAACCUGCGAUUUUUGUAAUUGUUAAUUUUUAUUUAUGUAUCAUAAAGAACAAUACCGUUUUUUAUGUACAAAGCAUUGCAAGCGGUUGUACACUGUGUUCUUCAUAUAACAGAACAUUAGUAAUAAUGCAAUAUGUUGACAUGGUGUGGAAAAUCGCAGUUGACCAUAAUAUAUUAAAUGCUCGAAUGUAAAUACAGACAUUCUAUUUUGUUUGAAUGUUCUGGAUUUACUUAUAAAAUAUAUCUUUCAUACAACGAGCAGUGUACAUAGGAAGAAAGUAAUUAAAUAUUUUCAACAUUUUUUACUAGUGUUUUAUGCUCCAGCUGAUAUGGAGUCGUACGAGGGACUCUUAAAACGUACGAUUAAACUCGUAAAGUUUAUAUAAAUCGAAUCAUUGCAUAUUGUAUAAUCAUUUCGUCAGGACGAGACACCCACCUAGGGUAUUCGUACAAAAUCUACUUCGAACAGUGUUCGCUCAUCAUAGAUAUCAUCAUUCCUAUACCGAUAAUGAUACAAAAUAAACUAAUAAUUGUUUCUUGUAUGUAUUUAGGAAAAUGUGUUUUUAUAAAAACUGAAAUUUAUCA